AUGUUUAUCAUAGACUACGCUAUUCCAAGACCCAAAGAAGGCCCCAAACCAGAAUCACGAUGGACGCUCGUGUUCGAUGGUUCUUAUAAUGCUCGAGGUCAUGGAAUAUGCGCUAUUGUUACUUCUCCAACUGGUUUCCAUCUUCCAUUUACUGCUAGAUUAUGCUUUGACUACACCAAUAACAUGGAAGAAUAUGAAGUGUGUAUAUACAGUAUUGAAGCAACCAUUAACUUGAGAAUUAAGAUUCUUGAAGUGUAUAUAGAUUAUGCUCUAGUAAUCAGUCAGGUUAAAGGAGACUGGGCGACUCGGGAUAGUAAAUUGAUUCCUUGUAGAGAGCAUAUCAUGAAGAUGAUUCCCUAUUUUGAUGAAAUCUUUUUUCGUCAUAUCCCAAGGGAAAAGAAUCAAUUGGUAUAUGCUCUAGCUACUCAGGCACCCAUGUUUAAAGUCAAGUGGAGGAAUGAAGCACUUGAUAUUCGCAUUGACCAUUUGGGUGAACUAGCGCAUUGUCUAGUAAUAUAG